GAUCUGUACUUCUGUAUGUACUUUACUUAAAAGAGCCGGAAUCCAGGAAUACCCCGAGUGAAUUUCCCCUCUCCAACUUCAUCUUCUUUUAUUCCCAUUUUGAUUGGGACUACGCUCCGCCGUUCGCUCGAAGGACGGCGUAUAUAAAAUCUCUUUAGAUCCGAGACGAGGUUAUUUUAACAUAUCGUCAUGGCAGCAAUUACCUGGAUCGCAGCACAAUGCAUCAGGCUCUCCUACGUCGGAUACUGUCCGCCGUGCCAGGGAGUCCCUUUCUCCAAACCAACAUAAUUCCUUUGAUUGGGAGAUUUCCGCCUUAGGGCCGGCGGAUUUCUUCCCGUCAUUGGAGGGCUCGAUCGAGCCUCUAGUUGGAAAUUGGUCCCUAGGUUUAGAGAAUGGCAGUAUAAAUGGUACGGAGUGGUCCCUCCCCCUUUUCGAGGGGGCAGGGAACUCUAUCGUUUUUCAAAAUGAAGAGUGCAACGGACAGCUGAACGCUUCAGACACACAACCUAGCUGUGAACUCAGUCCAGAUCUUCUAUUCAAUCCACCUAUAGGUUCUCAUAUCUCGUCGCAAUCAGACGCUGAAAACCAAAACCCUUCUGUCUCACCGCUAGAAAUGCCCGAGUCUUCUUCCGGCCCAAGCCAACCUGCCAAGUCGCAGAGCCAAUCGCCGCCCGUAGACGCAGUCACGGCUCUCAAGCGCAAGCGCAACAACGCCGCGGCUCGCAAGUAUCGGCAGAAGCGGAUCGACCGCAUCAGCGAGCUGGAGACGGAACUUCGGAGCGUCAAGGAGGAGCGGGAUGAGUUGCGACUUCGCCUCGCUCGUCAGGAGGCGGAGGCGGCAACUUUGCGAAGCAUGCUACAGCUGAACUCUGGGAAGGGUGAGAAAAGUUAGCAAAUAGUUGGACAAUAUUAUGUGUCUUCGAAGUUUUUAGAUAGCGUUAAUAAUAAAUUGGAAGUUGUGCUUUUCUCAGA